AUGAGUGGGAGAAACGGCUACGGUAACGGGUACGGGAACUCCGAUGCCGGCCGGUACGAAGAUGGUAGAUACGGUAGCAGCGAGAGUCUCGGCGUGAACGGGUACGGCGGUCGAGGAGGUACCAGCGGUUCUAGUGGAGGAAGCCGUGAUCGCCGACCUGGCGGUUAUGGGGGAUUGUCCCCCGAGUCGAGUCAGCUUCCGCCCUCUCUGUCGCCAGGUCAAUCGCCCGAGCGUCGACGUGACAUGGCGAGUCGGGAGAGACAACAACCACCUUCGUCCCAGUCGGGGUCGCGGUCACGGCCACGAAACACCGAUUCGGAAAGGAGAUACCAGUCUGCGAGAGAAGAUCGAUCAACCGAUGCCAGUCGGUAUGCAGAUAGUCGCAGUCACGAUAGGUCCAUUCCCGACGCUAGUGCUAUGGUGCCCAAUACCGCCGGGCAACAGUCCGUGGAAGAGGUGCUACAGGCUAUUCAACGGGAAUGGGACUUUAUGACAGAUGCCGAAUGCAUUCCUGUAAAUGUGGCGCUGAGCCUGAUGGAUACGAGUACAUUGGGAAAGGCGGACCGAGAGCCUGAGUUUCUGAAUAUGCAUGCUCGGAUCCAGAAGACUUUGAAGUCGAUUGUGAACGAGCAUCAUCAAGGAUUUAACAGCUCAAUCGGAACAUAUCACAAGAUCCAAUCGAAUAUUCAAAAUUCUCAAGGCCGAGUACGGGAUCUCAGAAACUCUCUGGAGGAGGCUAAGUCUGGGCUACUCUCAACAAAGCCGGAGCUGAAGGGACUGGCCACAUCCUCUCAGAACUAUGAUGAUAUCCUUCAACUAUUCGCCCAUAUUGAGGAGAUUCAAUCUUUGCCAGAGAAGCUUGAGUCACGAAUUUCGGACAAGAGAUUUCUUGCCGCGGUUGAGGUACUCCACACUGGGCUGCGAUUGCUACGACGCUCCGAGCUUGAGGACAUUGGCGCUUUAUCUGAUACUCGUGCCUACUUUACCAAUCAAGAGACCUCACUCACGGACAUCUUGAUCGAAGAGUUACAUGACCAUCUAUACCUCAAGUCACCUUACUGCUCAGAUCGCUGGAAGACACCAGUUACAGAGAAAGAGACCAACGCGACGGCAUGGACAGGCAAUCGAACUUGGGAGCGACCUGUCUACAGGUUUUUGGCGAAGUUUGAUGCUUCUACGCCUAUGAUCGAGGAUACGUCCCGGAAUCCCGAGGCGGACACAUUUUCGUAUAUCCAGCUAUUAAUAGAGGCACUGAACAGAAUGGGCCACCUCGAUACUGCCGUUGAUCGAAUUGAGCAGCGUCUCCCAGUCGAGCUAUUCUCAGUGGUAGAUAAAACAAACGCUGAGACUGAUGCGCGCUAUCCUACACCGAAUCGCAGCUAUUCAUCUCACGAUAACCAACUCAAGUCCAACCUCCCUACGGAAACCAUCGAACAGCGCGGUCAUGUGCUUUCAGAGUUCCUUUGGGCGCUAUAUGCCAAAUUUGAAGCAAUUGCAGAAGGUCAUCGAGUCGUGCACGAUGUUGUUGCAGGAAUUGUCGAGCGAGAAAGUUUGGCCAAGAGCGAGACCCUCAGUGAUGGAUUCAAGGAGUUGUGGAAGCUUCUGCAAAGCGAGAUUCGGUCAUUGUUGCACGACUAUCUUGCAACUGAUGGGGAUUCCUCUUCACGCGCCAGAGGCGAGGAGGCAGAUGCCCGACGGAAUCUCAACUCCAAUAACAGAGACAAAAACAAGAAAAUGUUCAAAUUAUCCGAUAUUGACCAGGACUCGGAGAUGAAAGCUGAACAGGAUGAAUUGGACGAAAUUCUUAAAUCGUCAGUACCUGGUCUAGUUUCGAAGUCAAGGCAAAAGGCUUCUGCCGCGGAUUCAGCCCAAGCCCGACAAGGAAACUCCGGAACUGGCCAUAAGAUUCUCCUUGAGCCAAGCGUUUUCAAUAUGAGAUUGCUUCUCCCGCCAUCGCUUUCUUUCAUUCAGCGUCUCAAGGAUAUUGUACCUGUCGACUCGGACAUUUCUAUGGGCACAGUCACUUCUUUCCUCGACGAUUUCAUGGUCAAUGUGUUCUUGCCUCAGUUAGAUGAGACUGUCACCGAUCUGUGCACAUUAAGCUUCAUCGCUGCGGAUGCAUUCACCGAGGAUCCUCAAUGGACUAAGGUGUCCCCUCGACCUAUCUUCCGGGGAACGGUCAAAUUUAUGACGAUUGUGCGAGAGUUCAGCAAAAUGCUUUCAAGUAUUCCACACGACCAAGCAUUCACACAGCUCUUGAUUGAUCAAAUUGUCACAUACUAUGAUAAGUGUUGUGGUUGGUACAAAGCAUUGGUCACUAAGGUUUCCGCCCGCAAUCACGGAGGUGAAGUGAGAUUGAAAGCUGCAGCUGCAUAUGCUGAAUCCGGCGAUGUCCGCGAGGUGGUUGAGGAGCUAUGGAAAGGAGCCGGGUCCAAAAAGCAGACCCUUAUUGACACUGAAAUCGAUCUACUAUUGAAGAGGACAGACGCGGUGCCUUUGGAGCCCUAUGAUAUUAUAUCAGACCCUAAGACCGUUGUUGCAAUUUCGCUUCUAUAUAACAGCAUGGAAUGGCUGGGGAGUCACCUCACAAAGAUUCGACUUGUACUCGAUUCUUCUCAUGACACAGGCUCAUCAACACUGUCAUCCAAUGGCCGACCAUCCCGUAGAUGGACUAUUUUUGGCGCCAUGCGACCUAAGCGUGAUAGUCUCAGUCAGCCAGUGCACCUACCACUCAACUAUCAGACAGCCGCAGCUUUCGACCAAACUGUUCAAUCUUUGCAUUCACUGGGAUCGAAUGCCCUUCUAACCCUUCACGUUGAUAUUCGUUGCGGCAUCAUCCACAUGUUGACAAGGACCAUGUCUGGCCCUAACCCCCCGAACAUCCGCAACUCCGAACCCACCACACCAUCCCCAAGCACAUCAGAUAACUGGUGGCAUAUUAUCAUGAACCAGCCGACCGCUGCAUCACCAACAAUUCUCCAAUUAAAUGGUGACUUGAUUGCAUUUGACACCAACAUUGCUACGUACCUUGGGUCCGCGGAGCGUUGGUUCAUCACUUCCGGCCUGGCAAGAGUCAUCGAUCGCGUCUUCGUCGCUUGCACCCGAUAUAUUGGUGCUAUGAAUGAAAAUGGCGCUCUGCGUCUGCAGCUGGACGUUCUAGUUCUUCAGCAGAAUCUCAAGAAUAUUAUCAUUGACCCAAUGAUUGACCCGUCAUUAACUUCAGAGCAUGAAGUUGUCGCUCUGCCUCGCAGUGCUAAAUUCUUGGAUUGGUUCCUAGAAGGUGCAGAGAAGGCCUUGGACUACGCAAGCGAGGAGAAGGAUACAUUUGCCGCACAAGGGGAUAAAGCCCUGGCCGCUGGAAAUGGCGAACCAUUCACAUACGAAGAGCUUCGUGUCCUUGUGGAUCUCUGCUUCUCUGAGAUUCUGCGUGGCCCGCGUGGAGCCGAGAACCGCGAGGACUUCAUGUCCGCGAAGAAGGCUAGUGCAGAUGCUUUGCUGCGUCUGAAUGAGGUGAUGUGGGAUGCACGAUAA